UAAUGCGUCCGAGAGGCUCCUGCUCCUCCCGUCAUCAUGCUCAAACGCAAACACAAAAGGCUAGCUGCUAGUCUUCUUCCUCCUCCAACAUCUUGUUCGCCAGCUGCCAUCCCUGCGAAACCAUCCUACAAAACAUGGCCAUCAGUGCAUGAUAGCUGCUCAGUUCUUCAGCCUGCUGAGGAGCUUGCUUGGUUGCUUAGCUACUCUCAUGCGCGCACGUACAUACACACGUACUGCUUGUGAGCCUCCAUGCAUGUGUCCAUCGUGAGUUCAUCAAAGCACCAGCGCUAGUCGAUCGGGCCCCUGUGAUCAUACCACGGUGACCUGAUCAUGGACAAAGAGCAGGGGAGCCACCACAGUCACCUGGACAGCUUUACGCCGCUGGACGGCGCGGCGCCGGGGGACCAGACCGGAGGUGGCGCCGAGAUGGUCGACUACAUUCUGGGCCAGGCGCCGCCGCCCGCUCAGCCGCCGCCGCCGCAGAGCCAGGUGUCCUUCGACAAGCUCAGCUUCUCCGACGUGCUGCAGUUCGCCGACUUCGGGCCCAAGCUCGCGCUCAACCAGCCCGCCGCGUCCGCGGGCGCCCACGAAGGCGUCGACGACCCCGGUGACGACGAGGACGACGACGACGGCUACUUCUUCAGGUUCCAGUCCCUGUCGUCCCUCCCCGGCGGCGCGGGACAGCAUCACGCGGACCGUGAGGGCAGCAAGACAACGGCCGACGACGGGGGCGCGCACGACGGCGGCGGCGGCGGUGGCGUCUCCGAGAGCACGACGCUGGUGCAGCAUGCCGACGGCGGCGGACGCGCGGAGAAGGGCGGGGACCAGGGGAAGAGCGGCCGGCGGAAGCGCCCCCGGACUGUCAAGACGAGCGAGGAGGUGGAGAGCCAGCGGAUGACGCACAUCGCCGUCGAGCGCAACCGCCGGCGCCAGAUGAACGAGUACCUCAGGAUCCUCAGGUCACUCAUGCCGGGAUCCUACGUCCAGAGGGGAGACCAAGCAUCCAUCAUUGGAGGCGCCAUCGAGUUCAUCAGGGAGCUUGAGCAGCUGAUCCAGUGCCUAGAGUCGCAGAAGCGGCGGCGCCUGUACGGCGGGUCCGGCGACGCGCCACGGCCGGUGGUGGACGCAGCCGGGGCCGGCGCGCCAACGUCCACCCAGCAGCACCACCAGACACAGGUGCCGCCGGCGGCGGCGUUCUUCCCUCCGAGCCUCCCGUUCCCCGUGGCGUCGUCCGGCGGCGGUGACGGCGGCGCCGCCAAGAUACUGGACCUGGAAGCCGGCGGCGCCGACGCCGCCGCCGGGCUCCGGGAGGAGGUGGCCGAGAACAAGUCGUGCCUGGCAGACAUCGAGGUGCGCGCGCUGGGCGCGGACGCCAUGAUCAAGAUCCUGUCCCGGCGCCGGCCCGGGCAGCUGAUCAAGACCAUCGCCGCGCUGGAGGACAUGCAGAUGUCCAUCCUGCACACCAACAUCACCACCAUCGAGCAGACCGUCCUCUACUCCUUCAACGUCAAGAUCCUCGGCGAGGCAAGGUACUCGGCGGAGGACAUCGCCGGCGCCGUCCACCAGAUCCUCAGCUUCAUCGACGUCAACUACGCCCUGUGAUCUCUUGCAGUCUCUGUGCCAAGACCCACGAGACGAGAGGGGCCUCCCAUUAACGUUGACAGUGACUUGUCUCUUUAAAUACUAUGAAAGUGCUAUUUCCCCCACGUUCUAUAAGUGCUUAAUUAUAUAGCAUAAUAAACUGUGUUUUGUUCGUUUCUAUGUAUGCAAACUUAUUGGAGGACAGGUAAAAGAUUAGUAAUAGUUGUAGUAUUAUAUUCAGAGACAAUGUGUAUGAUUGAAGUGUACUGCAAUUAUCAGCUAGUUGAACAAGAAGAUGCUUUCUACCGU